AUGGAGAACAUCGAGCGGCUGAGGCGGGGAGAGGACCAAGCUGACGUUUUAUCGAGACUGCUCUCGCUCGCCGCAGCGGCCACGGCAGCCUCGUUGGUGGGCGAAGAUAACCCUGCAGCGACCCGAGAUGGUACCUUUGACACAUUCCUGCAGUCGCUGCAGAACGGAAGCAUAGCAUCGGCGCUGCGGAACAACGAAGGCGGCGACAGCGGUGACAGUGCAGGAGGAAAUCAGCAGCCUCUCAAUUUCUUCAGGAUGUUCCGAUUUGGAAGCAACACAGACGACAGCAGGAACAGCAGAGGAGGCAGUCGUGGUAGUGCCUCAGGAUCUGCUCGUCAAGAUGGCGAAGAGGAUGGCGAGGGUAGAAUGGUGCCCAUCAUUAUCGUUGGCAUUAGGUCUAUCAAUCCAGGCACCAGCACAGGACAGGACGACAGCAACAUCCCGCCCUUCAUUGAUGCACUUUCUAGUUUCCCAACCCCCCCGACUUCUCCGGGCGACAACGACAACAUCUUGCGACCUCCACAGAAUGGCACCCGUUUUAGCCACCGCAGACGCGCCUCCAUGGGCGGCUUCAAUUUCCCCUCCAACUACGACAGUCAGAGACAUCACCGUGCGCACAACAACAGCGAUAGGCAGCGGCCAUGGUCUCAGCUGCACCAUCGCGGCGUGGUAGUUUCGUGCGAAGAGCUGCGACGCCCGCUCUUGCCCCAACUGCUGAAGAACCGCAACCACAACAGCGGAAUCCUCGCCAACGUCGCAUGA